UGAUGAUGAACCGUGUAUUUGUGAGCCGCGUGCAGCUGUGAUGUCAACAACGUCGGUCAGUAGGUCAGCAGCUCUACUGCCAACACGCUGCUCGCUUUUGUAACAUAGGAACACUAAUCCUGCCAAAUCAAAACAUUGGUGGGUUUUGCAAGAACCAUUCCGAGUUUAUGGUUUAGGAAUGAAAACUUAACUGUAGCUCAUCUUAGCUAGUGUUAGCAUGCUAGCGAUGGGAAUAAGAUGAGAGUGGGAGUGUUUUUACUACAAAACAGACGGAACGGGGGGCAGAAAGAGAAAAGCACACCCGGUGUGCCAGCACAGAAGAAAGUCUAAACCAUGUUCAACAAUGAGAGCGCCCGAGAGUUCCAGUCCAAGGAGCGGAGAUACAAAGAGAAUCUGAAGAGGUGUCUAUCAUCCGCUCUGUCUGCAGACCUUAACAGGUUGCUGCAGGAGGAACUGGAGGCAGAUGUUUCACUGUAUGCAGGUUCUGGUCCACUCCGAGCUCACAGAGCCGUGCUGCUGGCCAGAACUCCUCACAUCCUGCAGGGUCAGACUCAGAAAGACCCCAUCAUCGUCCAUCUGCCGGGUUAUGAUCUGCCUGCAUUGAAAGAUUUCCUCAGGUGUGUGUACACAGCAGAGCAGAGCAUGAGAACAGCUGAGAGGAACUCAGAGGGACCUUCAUCAGAGAGCUCCUCUCCAGACCCGGCAGAUCUCUGCACUUCCCCUGGCUCAGGUCCUGAGCCGGCCUCUGGCCUUGGUGCUGACCUGCUGGAUCUGUACCAAAGAGGAGAACAGUGUGACAUCACCAUCCAAGUGAUGGAGCAGGUGUUCUCCUGCCACAGGGCAAUCCUCUGUGCUCGAUCUCAGUACUUCCGUGCUAUGCUCAGUGGAAGUUGGAUGGAGAGCUCCAGACAGUGCAUCACUCUGCAAGGUUUAGGACCAGAUGAGAUGGAUAUCUUACUCCAGUUCAUGUAUGGAGCCAUUAUGGAUUUGCCGAGCGGAGCCAACGCCAGUCAGGUGGUGCUGGCUGCUGAUAUGUUGGGUUUGGAGGGGCUGAAAGAUGUCGUGGAGAUGGUUCUCACCCGGGACUACUGCCGCUUCUUCCCCAAGCCGUUCAGGCAAGAGAUUUGUUCGCUACGCGGGCGGCUCUGGACCUUCUUGCUUCAGACCUUUUAUGCGGUCCGCCACACUCAGGGAUGGGAGACACUGUCGUCCACGCACAGAGAGAGGAUUCUAGCAGAAGCUAUUGACAAAGGGGACAAUCGACGGCUUGGUAAAAAACCUGUCUUCACAAGCUCACAGUCAAAGUCUGUAAAAUGUCCCACGUCUCUGCCUGAGAGUUCUCCUGCGCACAGGACCCACAGAGUGUCUCAGAACAAACACUCUGCCUCUCGCAGUGCUCCACCAGCCAUGAAAUCCGAUGCUCUGAGCACUGUUGAUAAACCAAAAGAUGGUCAAGCAUCCAAAGCUAAGAAUGUGAAGAAACCAGGAGACAAGAGUGUAGCAACGAAAGCAAAGACCGCAUCAGCUGUAACACCAGUCGCCAAUGGGACUGGAGCUGCAGGGGCUGUACGAGAUGUAGCCAGCGCUAACGGUCUCAGUAGCUCCCAUGGAGCUAAAGACCAGGAAAAGAAGCAAAACCCAGGUGCAAGGCCCAAAACCUCUCCCUCCAGCUGCACACAUAGCAGCCAGGCAGCUGGAACCAAGGCUCUGAAGAACUCGGCAGGGAAAGCCGACAAGUCUGCUGGCCCCAACCAAACGCAGCCCGGAGCUUCAGCCACAUCAAACAGUACCUCACCAGAAAAAGGAGCCUGUGGGCCUCACAACGGCACCCAAUCCAUUCCAGGUGUGAAGCCCAAACAGCAGGCUAAGCCAGUAACCAAACCCACUCUGACAAAACCUCCUCAGAAAGCAGAAACACCAAAGACCAGCAGUCCUACCAAUACUUCCAGUGUGAAAGAUGGCACCAAAUUUAAAACUGGUCCUACAGACAGGGCAGCUGGAGUGUUGAGGUCAGACACCAAAGGAAGAGGAACGCCAGACCCCCACGUUUCUAAACACGGAGGCUCUAUGAAAACGCCAGCUUCUCCCAGGAAAGAAGAAACCAAGGAUCUGCUGAAAACCUCAGUACCAGAGAAAACCAGCAGUGAUGCUUCCAAAAAGAAGAUCACAAAGCCUGCUUCAGUUAAUGGAGUCUGUGCUAAGUCCAAUGCUAAAACUGCUAAAGGAUCUUCAGGUCCUGGUAAACAGUCCUCAGUAGGAGCUGCCAAGCCUGGAUCAAAGCCAAAAGGUGCUCCUGAGGUGUCCAGUGAGAAAGCACCACCAAGAGCUUCUAAAACAUCUGCUGCUAAUCCGUCCAGAUUAUCAGAAACUAAAAAGAAACGAGAACAGAGUGAGAAAAAAACAGAGGUUGGUGCAACUGAAAACUCUGGUGAAGGUGUGGAGCAAAAGGAUACUGCAGAGCAGGAUGGAGGGAGAUCUCUUCAUCCUGCCCCCCAGAAGAUUGACACGGAUUCAGGAAUAAGUGUACAAGAUGAAAAAUGUGUAACACAAGCCGCUAACAACAUCCGCCAUGUCAAAUUUGCUCCAAAAGAUUCUUCCAAAAGGUCAGGUGAAAGUAAAAUAAAACUGACUCAAAGUGGAGGACAAGCUCGUGAAGUUAGCUCACCAAAGUCCCUCAAAGACGCUGAAUUUCCAGUGGACACCCCCUGCAGCAUGGGGAGUACCGACACUCCUCUUGAGAACUCAUGGAGCGGAGUCAACCACCAGAUCAGUCCCCAAUCUGAGACCGGUAGCACACACACAACUUCCUCCGAUGACAUCAAGCCCCGCUCGGAGGACUAUGAUGCGGGAGGUUCUCAGGACGACGACUGCUCCAACGAUAGAGGAGUGUCCAAGUGCGGCACCAUGCGCUGCCAUGACUUUCUGGGUCGCAGCAGCAGCGACACCAGCACCCCAGAAGAGUUUAAGUUUUACGAAGGGGGUGGCGGUUUGAGAGUGGAGGUGCGUCUGCGUGGGAAAGAGGCAGAAACCACCAGCGAGGAAGAAGGAGGUCGACAGCGCCCCCGCUCUUGGCUGCUGAGAGAAGAGCCUUCAGUAAAGGAGGUGCAGACACGAGUGGAGGCUGCUGUGAAAAGCCUCCCUGACCACCAGCUCUUAUCUUCUGAGGAGGAAGAGGAUGAUGAUGAAGAGGAGGAGACAGAAGACGAGAGGUCAGAGGUUGAGGUGGUUCCACGUGAGGCUUCUUUGCAGCAGACAGAUCCCUCUCCCCAGUUUCGGGGGAUUGUUAAUUUGGCGUUUGAUGAUGAUGGCGUAGAGCACGAGAACGACCAGCCAAACUUCCAGACAGCCUCCAACUUCCGCCGGUCGGUGUUGCUCUCCGUCGACGAGUGCGAGGAGCUAGUUUCAGAGGAGGGCGGUGCUCAAACUCCACCUCAGCAGCAAGAUGACAUGUUGACCCCCUGUGAUGUUUUUGAGUGCGACUCUGCUGCUCUUCGGAUAAGUUCUGAUGAUAAACAAAACCACCUGCCUGAACACAAAGCCUCCGCUGCGACGCACAGUCACCAGGAAGAGGAGAAGCUGAAAGAGCAGCCUGUGUUCCUCACAGAGCUGCUAGAUCCACUGCAAGAGGACCACAUCCCAGUAGAUGGAGUGAAGUCCAGUUGUCCGACUGUGGACCAUGACACCAGAGACCUGCCCCCCCAGGAGCGCCCGUGCCACCUGGACCUGCGGCACACUGAACAGUACAAUGGAGGGAUGAGCAAAUAUGUCACCAACCCCUCAGAAAGCAGGAAAGCCGAUUUACAUCUAGACCUAAACGAGCCUCAGCUGACUGGAGGCUCUCCUGCACAAUCUCCAGCAGGGGACAAUGGUUGUGACAGAUUGGAUCAAACCGGCAAACAUGACCGCCGACCGUCCAAGGUCCUCUCUCCCAUUUACGAGAUGGACGUAGGAGAGGCAUUGCAGCGCUUUUCGGAUAAGGAGGGGAAUCCUGAACAACAGGCGGAUGAGGAGAGACAAAAACGGGACCAGGACUUUGCAGAGCGGGACUGGCGCCUGCUACGGCAGCUUCUCUCAGACCACGAGUCUAACCUGGGUGUCACAAACCCUGUUCCUGAGGAGCUCAACCUGGCCCAGUACCUCAUCAAGCAGACGCUGUCCUUGUCUCGUGAUUGCCUGGACUCGCAGGCAUUUCUGUCCCCAGAGAGAGAGACUUUCAAACGAUGGGCUGAGCUGAUCUCACCGUUGGAGGACUCGUCUACCAGCAUCACCGUGACUAGCUUCUCUCCAGAAGAUGCUGCUUCUCCACAGGGAGAGUGGACCAUCGUGGAGCUGGAAACACAUCACUGACCACAUGCAAGACAACCUGUCCCACAAUCACUGUAACCGUCUUAAUUUAGAAUAAUUUGUCUUUUUGUUUCCUGGACUGCACAGAUCUCUGCAGUUUGUUUACAUCCUUACUAUUGAGACCAUUCAUUUAAACCGAUGGGCUGUUGUGAAUGCAAAUAUUUUUGUAUGUUUAACUGUUCAGUUUGUGACCUGGAAGACUCAAAAAAACACCUGCUUCUUUAGAUCUAUAAAACGAUUUACUGAAGUUUCUUAAGAAAUAAACAGACUUACAUUGUGUGUAAAA